AGGGCGAACCGGCACGAGACUCGCACGCCCCACUACGGGCUUUGGGGUCCCCCGGCAGCGUCCGCGUCCCUGGCCCGCCCGAUCCCAUUCUCUGGUCCAUACCCCUGAGUGAGAGCUGGGGCCGGCCCUCAUCCCCUUUUUGGCCUACCUUGCUCGGAUGACCCUGCCCGUACGGAUCGCCGGAACCGAAGGCGGCCGGCAGGACAGAGAUGGGGCAGUGCCCCGCGGCGCGCUCCCGAGCAGCCAAGCCGGUCCCGGGGCGCGCUCACCACGCGGAGGCGCGCGCUCGCGCCGCCGCCUGUUCCGACCCUGUAUUCCUUUACGGCAAUCGCGAAAGUGUCGUUAACCUGCUGCCGCGGAUCGGAGUCACCCAGUCGGCUGGAGUCGGAGGUCUUAUUUCUAGGGGUAAAGACCAUCCACAAAAAGCUAUAAAACGAGAUAAAUUAUUCUCCCCAAAUAAAAGAAAGCCAAGAUCCAUGAGUGGGCAUCGGUCAACAAGGAAACGAUGUGGAGAUUCUCACCCGGAGUCCCCUCUGGGCUUCGGGCAUAUGAGUACUCCAGGCUGUGUAUUAAAUAAAUUGUUUCAGUUACCUACACCACCAUUGUCCAGACACCAACUUAAGCGGCUAGAAGAACAUAGAUAUCAGAGUGCUGGACGGUCCCUGCUUGAGCCCUUAAUGCAAGGGUAUUGGGAAUGGCUAGUUGGAAGAGUUCCCUCCUGGAUUGCCCCAAAUCUCAUCACAAUCAUUGGAUUGUCAAUAAACAUCUGUACAACUGUUUUGUUAGUCUUCUACUGCCCUACAGCUACAGAGCAGGCACCUCUGUGGGCAUAUAUUGCUUGUGCAUGCGGCCUUUUCAUCUACCAGUCUUUGGAUGCUAUAGAUGGGAAACAGGCAAGAAGAACCAAUAGCAGUUCUCCUUUGGGAGAACUUUUUGAUCAUGGAUGUGAUUCACUAUCAACAGUUUUUGUGGUUCUUGGAACUUGUAUUGCAGUGCAACUGGGGACAAACCCAGACUGGAUGUUUUUUUGUUGUUUUGCUGGGACAUUCAUGUUCUAUUGUGCACAUUGGCAAACGUAUGUUUCUGGAACAUUGCGAUUUGGAAUAUUCGAUGUUACAGAGUCCCAGAUCAUAAUUAUAAUAUGCCAGCUUCUCACAGGAACCCUGGGACCUUGGUUCUGGAACUUCACGAUCCCAGUGCUGAAUAUUCAAAUGAAAAUUUUUCCUGCACUUUGUACUGUAGCAGGGACCAUAUUUUCCUGUACAAAUUACUUCCGUGUAAUCUUCACAGGUGGUGUUGGGAAAAAUGGAUCAACGAUAGCAGGAACAAGUGUCCUUUCUCCUUUUCUCCAUAUUGGAUCAGUAAUUACAUUAGCUGCAAUGAUCUACAAGAAGUCAGCAGUUCAGCUUUUUGAAAAGCAUCCCUGUCUUUAUAUAUUGACAUUCGGUUUUGUAUCUGCCAAAAUCACCAAUAAGCUUGUGGUGGCACACAUGACUAAAAGUGAAAUGCAUUUGCAUGACACAGCAUUCAUAGGUCCAGCACUUUUGUUUCUGGACCAAUAUUUUAACAGCUUUAUUGAUGAAUAUAUCGUACUUUGGAUAGCCCUGGUCUUCUCUUUUUUUGAUUUGAUUCGCUACUGUGUCAGUGUUUGCAAUCAGAUUGCAUCUCACCUGCACAUACAUGUCUUCAGAAUCAAGGUCUCUACAGCUCAUUCUAAUCAUCAUUAAUGAUGUAAUUGAUGUUAUAUAGGAAAUUCACGUUUUCUGCAGGAAAGAAUCUGAACAUAUUAAGGAGAAUAAGGAGGUUAAGAACAAAUAUAAUUUAUAAUAA